UGAUCUCUCUGCCUAUUUAAGGUUUUCUCCUCUCUCUCUCUCUCUACUCUCUUACUAUCUGAUACGUUACACUAUGGAGAGGGAGGAAAAAGUAGGGGACCUCCGAUGUUUCUUUCUUGAAGACCUUAUUUUCCCCUCUACUACUUCACGGGAAAGCCCCGCCCACUGUGACCCUUCUCUGCGGCCUGGAAAUAACUUUUACGAGAACCAAAACCCUAGAGUUCAAACCCACCCCACCUCCCAAAGUCAAAAUUAUCUCACUCAAAACUUUUCUUGUGAAAGCCCCCCCAUGGCCGCUGCGAGCUUUUCUUUCCAAGACUCUAUUUCUGAUUGUCGUUUUGAUAUGCUUUCCCAUCUCCGAGAUACUCUUUUUUGUGAUAUGAUUCCGCCUGAGUAUCAUGCAAGUUUUGGAUCAUCGGAGACAGGGACGGAACUAAACCCUUGUCUUGACGACACCACUCAUGAACAAGGCCUUGAAACUUUACUGAGUCGGCUCAAUAUAUCAAAUCCACCUUCUCCGUCUCAAUUUGGUCUAGAAGAUGCCUGGUCCGGUGUUGAUUCUAUGCGAGGGAAUUUUAAUUCUCAUGAUUCUAUAACGGCCAGUGGGCUUGCUCCUUCAACGUAUGCGCAAGAACAGCAAUAUUCGCUGAGGACGACAAUGCAAGAACGUAUCUGGCAGAUGAUGAGAAUUCAGACUGCACUGAGGGGACAAACGGGUUAUUGUACAAGCCCCCGUGGAGUACCAUCAUCGAGCUAUAACAUUAGCAACGAGUUCGAUUGGCAAUGCGGAAGGCAAUCAUUAGGGACAAUGAAUUAUGAUUAUCCUUUUAGGUCUUCUUUAAGUCCUAAAGGGAUUCGAUUAGAUUCGAAAUUCCAAACUCGGGAAAGGUUCGGUAAUGACGAUUGGAUUUCAUUUCAGCCGUCUCAAUGGCCUCCAACUUCCUCCCUACUGGAAGAAUUGAACCGCCAACAACUAAUUUCGGAGACCGAAGACCGACGGGGUUACCCUUUGUCGCGGAGAAUUGGGGAGUGGGAGGAUCAUUUGCACAAGUUAAUGGUUCACCCAAGUUACCAUUAUCAAGUUCAGAAGCGUUUCGAAGGAAGCAAUGAGGAAGAACUGACUGAAAUUCUUAUCGCUUUGAUCAGGAAUGCACAAAAGCUAGCGUGCACAUGCACUGACAACCAUGGAAGUCGGUCAGUGCAGAAGUUGCUGAAGCAUCUCAAAACUCCGGCGCAAAUAUUCUUUGCGAUAUCAGCUCUACGGGAUAUUACACUUACCUUGGCCAAGAGCCGGAACGGUCAGUUUGUAAUUAGGAAAUGCUUGCAACUUUUCUCCGCCGAAGAUAAUGAGAAUAUUCUGAAUGAAAUCGCAGAGAACUGUCUUGAGAUUGCGACAGACAAAGUUGGGUGUUGUGUAAUGCAAGACUGUGUCAAUUAUGCUGAUGAAGAAACUAGGGAACGUCUUGUGAAUAGAAUCGUAGCAUAUGCACCAUUCCUUUCACAACAUUCUUAUGGGAACUUUGUUGUGCAGUGCAUAUUAUCUAUGGGGAGGCCGGAAGUUGCAGAAGAAUUACUGGCGAAGCUUCAAGGAAGGUUUCUUAUGCUCUCCAUGAACAAGCAUGGCAGCCAUGUGGUGGAAAAGUUCUUGCGAGAAUAUGAAGAUCAAGAAAAAUAUUCUUCUAGGAUUAUUGAGGAGCUUAUUUCUGGAGAUCCGGAACGUUCCUUGAAUUUUUUUCAGGAUCAGUGGGGGAAUUAUGUUGCUCAGACCGCCAAGAAGGUAGCUAAGGGACUCACCCGCGAGGCUCUUAUGUCACUCAUUAAUUCUUACAAGCCAUUUUUGGAAAACCAUCCUCAUGGUAAAUGUGUGCUGGCCUCAGCCAAUGGCCGCAAGAAGCACCGUAGGCUACGAUCAUCAUCCAGUACUAGUACGCUGUGCUAGCUAGCAAGCUGGCAACGCAGUUCGGAAACAAAAUUAUUUGUUGUCGUGUUUUGCAUUUUCCCCUCUAUGUUAGGACUUAAUUAUUUGUUGUUUUUGGCCUGGGUAUGUAUGGCUCUGGCUAUGUUCUUUCUUUCAGUUCUUAAUUAGGUUGUCG